GCUGCGAACUGCGCAGUGCUCAUGGCGAUGGAGGCGUUGGACCUGUUCCGAGCGCUGGGCGCCGGCGCCACGUUUGACUGGAAGCGGUUCGGCCGCGACGCCGAGAGGCUGAGGAUCACAAAAUCAAGCAAUACUAUCUUAAGUGAAAACUCUGCAGACCUUGACUUUUUUAAGAAUCAGCAUACUGCAAAUAAAAAGCUAGUGGAGAAUAUUUCGAAGAGCAGGGGGCAGAAAGACCAUUCCGAUGGAGAGUGUGAGGAUCUCUGCAUCUUUACAUCCACAGGAAAAAGAAAACUUGCAAUUAAUGAAUCAGAAAAGAGCAAAAGGAGCAAGAAGGAAGCCAAAGACGAUUUUCCCAAUGUAAAGGGUGAUGAAGGUAUAACAUCCUCGCUUGAAUGCAAGAUCAAAAGAAGUCCUGGCGCAGAACUUAGUGCUGAGCAACUGGAACACCAGCGACGAGAAAAGAUAAACAAGUUCCGGCGGAAGCAUCGGAUUUAUGUGGAUGGGACUGAUAUCCCUGAACCAGUUGCUACCUUUGAGCAACUCCGUCAAGAAUAUAAGGUCCACCCAAAGAUUAUUCAACAUAUGCAGGAAGCUGGGUUCCAACUUCCUACUCCGAUACAGAUGCAAGCCAUACCCAUCAUGCUACAUAAUCGUGAAAUCCUGGCCUGUGCCCCAACUGGAUCAGGAAAGACCUUGGCUUUUUGCAUUCCACUCUUGACAUGCCUAAAACAGCCAAUGAACAAAGGCUUCAGGGCAUUGAUCUUAUCUCCUACUCGAGAACUUGCCAGUCAGACUCAUCGGGAGCUAGUAAAACUCUCUGAAGGUAUUGGUUUUAGAAUUCACAUGAUCAACAAAGCAGCUGAAGCUGCCAAAAAGUUUGGUCCCAAGACAUCAAAUAAAUUUGAUAUUUUGGUGACAACUCCAAACAGACUGAUUUAUCUGUUAAAACAAGAGCCCCCAGCACUGGAUCUCAGCAGGGUGGAGUGGUUGGUUGUUGAUGAAUCGGAUAAAUUGUUUGAGGACGGCAAAUCUGGAUUUCGAGAUCAGUUGGCCACUAUUUUCCUGGCCUGUACUUCUCACAAUGUGCGGCGAGCUAUGUUCAGUGCCACAUUUGCGAUGGACGUAGAGCAGUGGUGCAAGCUGAACUUGGACAACGUGGUUUCAGUGUCAAUCGGUAUAAGGAACUCUGCUGUGGAGACUGUUGAGCAGGAGUUACUUUUUGUUGGUACUGAAAGUGGAAAAUUGUUGGCAAUGCGAGACCUGAUUAAAAAGGGUUUUUCACCUCCGGUGCUGGUUUUUGUUCAGUCCAUUGAAAGAGCAAAAGAGCUCUUCCGUGAGUUUAUCUAUGAAGGUAUUAAUGUUGAAGUUAUCCAUGCAGAAAGAACACAGCAACAGAGAGAUAAUGUUGUGUUCAGCUUCAGAGCGGGAAAAAUUUGGGUUCUGAUCUGCACUGCACUCAUGGCUCGAGGUAUCGAUUUCAAAGGAGUGAGUUUAGUCAUCAACUAUGAUUUUCCAACCAGUGCCAUUGAAUACAUCCAUAGAAUCGGACGUACUGGAAGAGCUGGUCACCAAGGAAAGGCUAUUACAUUUUUCACAGAAGAUGAUAAACCACUACUGCGAAGCAUAGCAAAUGUCAUCAAACAAGCUGGCUGCCCUGUACCAGAUUACAUGAUGCAGAUAAAUAAAUUGCAAAGUAAACAAAGGAAAAGGUUGAUCAAAAAUCCGAUCAAACGAGCGACCAUCAAGACCACACCAAAAUACUUCCUAGAAAUGGCAGCCAAAAAGAAAAAAUUGAUUCAGAAGAGCAAGAAGAAAAAAGAAAAAUCCCAGAAGGCAUCAGUCACCAAUUCUUGAAAAGGUUCCACAGGACAGCCAAUGAUGUUGGAAAUGCUCAAGGUUUUAUAGCCAUAUGCCUUUUGUGCACUGUGGUUGAUAGCAGAACUGCUGAUGCAUGCUCUGAAUUCUCAAGAGUGAAAUGUCACCUGUAUGUGGUCUCUUCUAUAUUGUAUGUUUAAACUGUUCAGAAUUAACAGGUGCUACAAUAUCAUAUAGCAAUGAGGAUGUGAGUUUCACAUUCUUUUUUUUCUGAUGUGGAGAAUUGCAGUCCUGAUAUAUUAAAUCUAUACUUUAAAUUAUUUUGAUAAGAAUUUGUUGUAUGUGAAAAUGUGUAUACAGGAAAGCUAUGACGGGUGAUUUGUCAUCAAACUGUCAUAAAUUUUUAAAUCAAGUAACCAUCAUUGUAUGGAGCAAAAUUGGCCUUUUAACAGUGUUUACAUUAUAUCAUUGUAUGAGAAGGAGUGUAAAUAAAACUUUGGAUUUCAUAAUUGUCGA